CAACAACCAACAAAAGAUCCCUCUCGCAUCUCAACCUUUCGUCCCCCUAUUCGUCCCUUUCUUCCUCGGCGUCAGUCAUGGCCGCCGUGAGUAAUGGAGGUACUCCGUUACCGGAAGAAGUGAGUAAACCCCCCGAGGGUGUGGUCUUGCCACCAAAGGAUAUUCGAGCAAUUGUUGAGAAGACCGCCGGAUAUGUCGCCCGAAACGGUCCUGUAUUCGAAGAUCGUGUCCGCGAAAAGGAACGCAAUAAUCCCAAAUUCUCUUUUCUCAACCCCGACGACGCAUACGGCCCAUUCUAUCAAUGGCGUCUCACAGAGAUCAAGGAAGGACGAGGAUCUGCCGUCGCCGCAGGUCGUCCCGGAGACUCGAGCGCAGCCGCCGAGCCUGAACAGCCCAAGGGACCUCCGGAGCCCUCCGAGUUCCAUUUCUCCGCCCGGAUGCCCAUCAUCAACGCGCAAGAUCUCGAAGUCGUCAAACUGACUGCCCUCUACGUCGCCCGCCGGGGUAAAUCCUUCAUGACGGCGCUCUCGCAGCGCGAAGCCCGCAACUUCCAAUUCGACUUCCUCCGCCCGCAACACAGUCUCUACUCGUUCUUCACGCGACUGGUCGACCAAUACACGAUCCUCCUCCGCGAGCAGGGCAUCGACGCCGCUACGACGGAGAAGAAACGCAUCGCCGAGCUUGAGCGCAAUGUCCAGAACAAGUACCACGUGCUCGACCGCGCCAAGGAGCGCGCCGAGUGGGUCAAAUACCAAGCGCAGCAAAAGCAGAAGAAAGAGGAGGCCGAGGAGAAGGAGCGCAUCGCCUACGCGGAGAUCGACUGGCACGAUUUCGUCGUGGUUGAGACGGUGCUCUUCACCGAUGCCGACAACCAGAUCGACCUGCCGCCGCCGACCUCGCUCAACGACCUGCAGUCCGCCUCCCUCGAGCAGAAGGCGAUGAUGUCGCUCAACCCACUGCGCAUCGAAGAAGCCAUGCCCACCGAGGAGAUGGACGCCUCCAAUUACUACAAUGCUUACCCCCAUCCGCAAUUCCCCGAUCAAGUCUCCCAACCCUUCGUCCCCGAGCCCACUCCCGCCCAGUCCACUGCCGGCCCCAUCUACCCACCCCACGUCGGCCUCGCCAUGCCCCCACCAGCUGCCCCUACCGCCCCGGCCGCCGCGCUCUCUGCCGCCCACCAGGAGGAGGAGCGCCGGAUCCGUGAACGCAUGGAAGCACGCGAUCAGGCCGCUGCACUUAAAGCCAACGCCACCGCCCAACAACAGCAACAGCCCAUGCGCAUCCGCUCGGACUACGUCCCGCGCGCGCAGGCCCGCCGCCAGAACGUCGGCGGCGCCACCGCCCUUUGCCCGAACUGCCGGCAGCAGAUCCCCGUGGCUGAACUGGAGCAGCAUAUGCGCAUCGAGCUGCUCGACCCCCGGUGGAAGGAGCAACGCGCCAAGGCCGAGUCGCGCAGCGCCACCACCAACUUGUCGACCGCAGACGUGGUCAACAAUCUCAAGCGGCUCGCUAGUCAACGAAGUGAUGUCUUUGACUCCGCCGCCCUCCCCACCGACGAGGCCGCCGCCGCAGCGGAGGACGAUCGCAGGAAGAAGAUGGCCUUUCAAGGUGCCCACGGGCAGGGUCCCGUGCCCGUCGGCCCUACGGGUGGUCCUCCUAAUCCGUCAAAUAUGAGUGUCGAAGAGCAGAUUCGUCGGAUUCAUGAGCGACAGGGUAACGUGCAUCGGUAGCGGAUUUUCACAAAGAGCUUAAAAGAGGGAUGCGUGUGUGUGUGACAUAUUGGUUCUUUUCGCAAACCUAGCUCAUCGCAACGACUCAGGGAAUAAUCGGUGCUAUUUUUACUUCUUCUUCUGAUGUUUAUCUCUCAUGGAGGCGUUGUCUUUUUUCUUCUUUCCAUCCUCUCUUCUUGUCGGAGUAUGUAUUAGAUGACUCACUGGUAUAUCAUCCUGGGUGCAAAAGACGGACAGCGAUCCGUUUUCGUGCUGUCGAAUUUCAUGAUCACCCCCUUUGAUGCAGGCAUUUCUGGAAUUACGUGUGCACAGGCGUAGCUUACGGGACUUGGUACUCCAGAUAAGAUCAUCAUAAAUUGUAAUAUGUGCAAGUGAAAGAU